CAAUUUGUUUUUGAAGAGCGAGCGAGCGAUUAGCCAAUGAAUGUCAUUUAGUGUAAAGCUUGGUUAGAGAUGCUCUUUUGUUUAAAAAAACUUUACAAUAUUUUGAAAAUCAAAAAUUUUUGAUUUUAAAAUCAACUCUAGCAGAUCAACAAAUUAGAAAAUCAACGAUGAUGGAUUUAUAAAAUAAUGUAAAAUUAUUAUUAAUAAAAUUGUGUAUAUAUAUAUUUGCUGUAUAAACACAUAGUGUACCGAGCAGAGAGCAUCUCAUUUAGGUUAUGUUUCCAUCUUUUAUUAGUAUCCUAGAUAUUCAAUCAUGGUGGGAGGUUCCAAGCAUCGCUCAUUUUUGUUCGUUGUUCAGAGCUGCUUUUAACCUCCUCGACUUUGAUAUUGAGGAACUUGAAGAAGCACUGCUAACUGAUGGUACUGAAGAUGCAGGUAGUUCAUUAUUACAAGAGCUAAUUGUACGAUUAUUAUGCGGAUGUCUGGGCAGCAAUGAUGUCUCAACAUUUAAUUAUCAAAUGUUUUUAAGACGUUUAUUUCGUCAAAAAUGUCAAGAACACGGUCGUUAUAAUCCAUUUAAUACCGACAUUGAUUUUCAAUUUUUACCAUUACGUACAAAAGUUGAAAUAUUACAUGCGUUAUGUGAUUUUCGUUUAGAUGCUGAGGACGUAUUAGAUUUAUUAAAAAAUUUAGAAGCAGAAAGUUUACGUGUGGAACCGUUAGGUUACGAUGAUAACGAUUCUGCAUACUGGUACUUUUAUGGAACACGUUUAUAUCGUGAAGAUUACGAAAAAACUAGUAAGAAAUCAUCUGGGAAACAGAAAACAAAUUCUGUAUGGCAAGUGAUUUGUUUUACUGAACAAGAUUGGAAUCAUUUAACAUCCAAAUUUAAAGGUGCAACAAGUAAAACAGAAAAGGCGUUGUAUCGCUCGUUAUCAGAAAAUUUUUUACCUGAAAUACCUCGAUUAUUUCAAGAAAAAGAACGUCAACAACGUAAACGUUUGUUAGAAUUACAACCGCGACGUUCAAGUCGUGUGCAAGAUAGAGAGAAACAUCGAAGUGAAGAACUUACGAAACCAAUAUUACAGAAUUUACCAUCAAUUGUUGUGGAGGAGAAUGAAACAAAAACGCCGGUGACAUUAUCUGCUCGAGAAUUACGUGCUAUUCAACGUGAUAUUUGUAAAUCUGGUUCAGAAAGUGGCAGUCGAGCUGAAUCACCAGCAAUGCCAACGCAGAAAGCUGAUGUUAGUGGUCUUACAUCGGUUGGACGCCAAACAAACAAUUCAUUAGCGUCAGCAACCGGGCAAAUAUUAAUUCAAUCUAGUACGCAGCGGAAAAAGUUAAAAACAUCUCAAGUAUUUAGACAAACCGAAGAAGAUUUACAAACCGGAAUGUAUAAGAUAUUAGAGUAUGUUAAAAACCAUGACGAUGCAUGGCCAUUUAUUGAACCGGUUGAAGAAGAUUAUGCACCAAAUUAUUAUUCAAUUGUACGAAAACCGAUGGAUUUACAACGGAUGGAAGAUAAAUUGGAUGCAGGCGAAUAUUUAACAUUUUCAAGAUUUAAAGCUGAUUUUCAAUUAAUUGUUGAUAAUUGUCGAUUAUAUAAUGGCACCGAUAAUGAAUAUACGGAAAUGGUUGAUAAUUUGCAACAAGCAUUUCAACGUGCAACAGAUCGAUUUUUGGAUCAAAUCACAUCGUCUGAUGAAGAAAUCGCUGUUGAAUUUCAGCAAAAAUCAUCAACGAAAGAAAAUGUUAAAGAGAAUAAGAAAAAUAAAAGUAAUCAAUUGAAAAAAGAAAAAGAUACUCAAAAAACUAAUUCAACCGCUGGUGUUAAAAGAAAAUCUAGUCCAAUACCACAGCCAGUUGAAAAACCCACAAAAACUGGACGAAAUAAUCGACAACAACGUCAAUAUCAAAAAUCUGAAAGUCCACGACCUAAGAAAUCAAAAUCACCAUCACCACCAGAGCCCCCUCCGGUUGAAGUCAAACAAAAGAAAGUGAAACAAUUGAAAAAAGAAAAGUUAAAAGUACGAGAAAAGAGUCCAGUAGUUGCCGCUAAGAAAAGUAAGAAAUCAAAUAAAAAUACAACACGAACUUCUCGACGAAGUAAAAGUCGUACACCUAGUCCGACACGAAGUCGAAGUCCAAGUAAAGUACGUAGUUGGACAUCGAGUCCAAGCCCUCCACCACCUCGAAUACAAAAGAAAAAGAAACUUAAAGAGAAAGAGAAGGAGAAGGAAAAGGAAAAAGAAGAAAGUAAAAAAGAUAAAAAAUUGAUACAGCAAAGUAAUCUUGUGAAUAAAACAGAGCAGGAAAAGGAAAUUGUGAAGGAAAAAAUAGAAGUAAAACCACCAAUAUAUUCAAAUUCGAACAAGAAUGAGAAUAAAGAAAGGAAGAAAGAUACAAGUAUCCCACAGUUAUCAGAAACAAUUGAAAAAUUAAAACAAAAUAGUAUAAAUAAUAAAAAAGAAUCCCUAGACUUAAAUUUUAAACCAAAAGUGCGCGAUAAAGAUAAAAUUCACGAUAGUAAAACAAGAAAUGUUAAACCAAAAGUCAAGGAAAAGUUAAAAGAGAAUAAAAAGUCACCAUUAACAAUUGAUUCAAUCGAUUCAGAAAGUGAAAUAAAAGAUAGUGGUAGUGGAAGUGGUGUGAUCGAGACAAAAAAGAAACAUUCUAAUAAAAAAGUGGUUAAAAAAGCGGGUAUUAUAAAAAAUCCGGCCGCAAUCAAAGCACUAGAUUUAGCCACGGAACAAACAUUGAAAGAUAUUAAUAAAUGGCUGGAUGAUACACCUAAAUUUUCUGAGUUAAGUAACUCUCCAAGUCAUUCUCCAUUACCUCUAACAAAUUUAGAUGAUUUUGAUGCGGCUGCAUCGAAACUUGAAAACGAGUAUAAACUGAACCAACAAAAGGAGAAACUUUUAAAACAGGAGACAGCUGCUGCUGCGGUUGCAACACCUCCGCCAAUUCCACCAACAUCAACUAUUCCUCCAGUAAAACCAAAAGAACAUACGAGUACAAAAGACCCCUCUUCGUUUAAAAGACGAAAUACACACAAAGACCUUAACAAAUUACAAAAAAGACGUGAAAUACAACGCACUAUUGAUCGUUUACAACCGGGGAAAAGUAAAGGAAAUUUAAUAGCAAAUAUUCAAUCAAACAAAGAUAAAGUUGAAGAUACACCAUUUCCAUUAAUCGGACUGGCUAAGUUAAAAGAUGCUAAAAAUGCAGCACAAGUUGUAUCAACUGAAACAACACCGAAAUUAAGUUUGGGUACUGUUUUGGAUAGUUUUGGUCAACAGCAUAACUUUGUAGAUGAGAAAGAAGAAAUUGAAGAAGAAAAACCUCAAGUAGAGAGUGAAGUAUUAAAGGACGAAAAUCAAGAAGAUACAGAAAAAAUUAAAGAUGAAACUAUUAAAGAUGAUAAAGAAACAGUAUCAACAAGUAAAGUCGAAGUUGAGCCAGUAAAAGUACCAUUGAAAACACAUAAACAAGAAAAUGUAACACCAAAUUUAAGUGCGUGGUUUAAAGCAUUUGGUGCACCCAAAUCAGCGGCAGUUACAGCUAAAAAACAAAAAGAUUCAAUGGAAAUAGAUAAUUCAAAAGAAGCUGAGAAUGUUGUGAGUCCUGUAUCAGCUGAGGAACGAUUAAAAUCAAGUAGUGAUAUCGUAGAUGAUGCUAAGAAAAUGUUAUCAUCACCAAUGCCCUCUCCGGCACCAGAAAUUCCUGGACCAAAUCAACCAGCCCCACGAAUGCGUAAAGCAAGUACAGGUAGUACAGUAUCUGAACGUUCGUCAUUCAGUCAAGAUAUGACUGAUCCUCUAGAUUCACCACGUUUAAGUGUUGACGAGCGAUUAGGUAUGUAUCCAACUCCAUAUCGAUCACCAAUGAGUGCAUCACCACAUCAUAAUGAUGAGAAAAAUGGUGCCACGUAUCCACCAUUAAACGGUAACAUACGUGUAGGAUUUUAUCAGGAUACAGUUAAAAGUAGUCCAGAAAAAUCAUGUAGCCCUCGGGAUCAACCACAAUCGCCUCAUAAUACUCAACAAUAUUCACAACAUGUAUAUAUACCACCCCCACCGACUUCAACUACUUAUCAUCAUUACAGUAACCCUCCUUCAUGUUCAGGUCCAUCGCCAUCACAUUCACCUGUUUAUAAUCAACAAAUUCCCGCACCUCCUCCAUAUAACAGUAGCCAUAUAACACACCCCUUUUUCGAUAAAGCACCUCCUACUUAUCAUGAUUCAAUAACACCUCUCGUUUCUAAAAGUCCUCCACCUUCAACACCUCCUCAACAAUCUGAAAUAGCAUCUAAAAGUCCAGAACCUCAAAGACGAUCCCCUACUCCACCACCUCCACUAAAUGUGAUAAAACCUCAUUUAAAUACAGUGAUACCUGUGAAAAAACGUUUAUAUAGUGAAAGUUCCGAUGUAGAUGCACGUAUUACAUCAUCAUCUUCACCACAUACAUUAAACAUGACAACGUCAAACGUACGUAAUUUACAUCAUCCACAUGACGUCAUGAAUAACAUGUUUGUGGAACGGAUUGGGGAAUCAUCACCGUUAAUCAUACCAAAUAAAUCAACAUUUCUUCCGACUAGUGUACCACAAUUGGAACCAAAUGUUAAAAACUAUUCGAUGCCCAUGAAUACGUUACCAGGUAGUUUGGACAAUACACGGGGCCUUAAUCUGCAAAUACCACAAUCAGAACCAUUAAACAUUCCAAAUCCAAUAAAAACAAUUGACCUUACUGGUCCUGAUUCACCUUUAUAUAAUAGUAAUCGACAGCAGGCUGCUACUACCAUGAAUAUGCCUUUAGAUAGUAGAAUUGAACAUAAUAUGACACAUCCAGUACAUGGUCGUGUUGGAGUUGGUGCAAAUCCAAUGGAUAUUGUGCAAUUAUCACAGCAAUAUACGGCAAAGAAUUUACUGCCAACAAAAGAUGUUCUAACAUCAAUGCAAUCACAAACAAAUGUUACAAAUAGUGCCCAAUUACCACCAUACAAUAUGAAUUUACAUCAUAAUCUACGAAUUCCAAAUGUACCUCAUCAAAACACCAAUCAGCAUACGGAUCUACAACGAAACGAUUUUAGAACGUCACAAGAAUCUAGGUUACCAUCGAUGCCACAGAGUGUACCUAUGAACUUGGAUGCAAAUCCAUUUAGCACACCUAAUUUAGAUGCGUUACGUGGUAAUUUAGCCAAUUUAUCGCAUAUAGUUGAUCGAUAUCAAAACGAUGAACGAUUAUUAACAACACCUACAUAUUAUUCAGAUCCUAAGAAUUUAGGAGCACAACCUUCAUUAUAUUCUAAACAAAUUCCUACAAGUAUUCAUCAUACCACAAAUUCAUCUCAUCCAUCGUUGAUUCCACAAUCGAACAUGCUUAUUAAUACGACGGCGUCAUCGAUGAACUUCAUACCGACAACUAUACAGCAACAAAUGGGUAAGCCUGCCACGUCUAAUCAAGAUAAAAAAGUGAAAAAGAGAAAAUCAAAAACAACUUCUAGUCAACAACCAGCGGUAAGCUCGUCCGGAUCUUCUGAUCAAGGUUUUCAAUCGUAUUCGGGAUUAAAGCAGAGUGCAAAUGUAAGCACAUCAGAACCCUCAGCGAUUUCGUUAAAAACUACUAGUGUUGUACCGGGGAGUGCAUUUAAUUUUGGUCCGGCUCCGCCAACAUUAGGUUUAAGUUCAAGUUUAUACAACGAUAAAGACACGUUUAGUGGGUUUUUGGAGGAUUAUCGUAAUCCAACGACUAAUUAUUAUAUGGCAGCUCAAGCUGCUGCGGUCCAGGCUCAAGCACAAGCUGCACAUCAUAAUCGAUCGACACCAGAUGGUAAUGAUAAAUCACAACGUGUAGGUGUACCACAACCUGUCACAACAUUAGCAAAUAGUACCACAACAGCACCAUAUCCAUACUUAGGACAUCAUUCACAGUCACGUCCAACAACGUAUGCCCCAUUCAUUCAUAAUCCCCAUACGAAUCCACUUAUGGAUACAUCAUCGCCAUUAUAUCAACAAUAUCUGCAGCGACAUCAGGAGGAAUUGUUACGACAUUCGGCUGGUGUAUUACAUCAAGGUUUAUUAGGACCUCCAGCUGCUUACCCGCCUGGAUAUCCACCAUUGAGUAUACGUCAACCAUUUGAUACCAUCAAUCGUCCAUCUUGGUUGUAAGUGUAUGUAAUAUAAUAGUUCAGUAAACGAUUAUCGCGCUAUACCCUCAAACCUGAAUUUCUUAUGUCGUUCAAUUUGAAUAAGUUAUAAUAAGCUGAUGUAGUAGCAAACUAUUCUGUCAGAGUGUUUCCUUGGCUGACACCGACUCCAAAAAUAACAAUAAUUUUAACUACAU